GGAGAGGAGUUGGCACCGCCUUGCUGAACCAAGCAGCCAAGAUCACCCUGGAAAAAGGAUGCUCCCAAUUCCGAUUCAUCUCGGCCGAGAGGCCUCAGGCCACGAUCGAUUUCUUCCGCAAGAGAGGAGCCGUCGACGUCACCAUUCGUGACAAUUGGCACGUCUUCCGGAUUGACAGGGACCCCCUGGUGAAGCUGGUGGAGGAUGUGGCAGCCAAGCUGAACCCCGUUUCUUCGCAGCUAUAGACACCCCCACCCUACUUCCAAUUCCACCCAGAUUGGCCAUUGCACUUCCAAAGGGGUAACUCAAGAUUCUCCACCACUCCCCUACUCAUACCCCAGUUGGGUGUGUGUGUGGGGGGGAUAAUUCCCCCCUCCGCUUGUUCCUUUCUGGAAGGCUGAAGUUUAACUCUUCCCCCAUCUCCUUCGAAAAGAAUACAGAAUGCAGGAUUGAGGGUGCAAAAAUACAGAAUGCAGAAUAUAGAACCCAGAAUGCAAGAUGCAGGAUGCAGAAUAUGGA